GCUGGGGACGCGAUGCCACCGCCGCCGCUGUCUCUCCAGCCCGGGCUGCGCCGCGGGGGCUGAGCCGCAGCCCCAGCCGCGAGCCCAGCCGCUGCCGGGUGAGCCCGCCGCCCGGGAGGAUGGGCUGCGGCGGGAGCAGGGCCGAUGCCAUUGAGCCCCGCUACUACGAGAGCUGGACACGAGAGACCGAGUCCACCUGGCUCACCUACACCGACUCGGACACGCCGCCCAGCAACGCCGCCCCGGACAGCGGCCCCGAGGCGGGAGGCCUGCACGCGGGUGUGCUGGAAGACGGACUGCCUUCCAAUGGUGCGCCCCGGCCUACGGCCCCAGGUGGAAUGUCCAACCCAGAGAAGAAGACAAGCUGUGGGACCCAGUGCCCGAAUCCUCAGAGCCUCAGCUCCGGCACCCAGACCCAGAAACAGAACGGGUUUCGAACCACAGAGGCUAAAAGAGACACUAAGCGAAUGCCUGCAAAAGAAGUGACCAUUAAUGUUACGGACAGCAUCCGGCAGGCAGACAGAAGUCGAAGAAUCACAAAGAACUGCGUCAACUAGCCGAGCAUCUAACUAGAAGGGCAGUGGGCGUCUUUGGUGCCCCUCACAUACUGGGCCCCACCAAGGAGCCUUGAAGAAGUGUGUGCCGAACGUGAGCGCUGCUGAGUGCCUUGAGAGACUGACUGUCUACCCAGCAGCCAACAGCUGCCCGAGCUGCUGGGACAUUCUCAGCCUCUGGUUUUCCACAUAAAUGUAUUGGCACAGUCCUCACAUAUGGUCAUAAACUGAAAAAGAGCAGUUCAGUUUGCCUCUUUGCAACGUCCACAGUUAGGUCUGACUUAGGAGAGCUGAGCUAAAGCCACAGGCCAGUUUAUGCAAUGCAGAGAAAGCAGCAGUGGUGGGUUCCGGGGGUGAAAGAGUCACGUGUCCGCUCUGUGCUCUCCUGGCCACCGUGGUGUGCGCUGUUUCAGGCCGGCUUGUUCCUCCAUCCUUUCUUUUUGAAUGCCGCCAUCACAAAGUGUGCUGUGUUCGCUUACAACCUGGCUCUCACCCAACUUUAAACCCAGAUAUGUGAGAAAUCAAGAAGCAGGAAAACUCCUGUUAUUCUUGUUUCCUGAGCUCAGACUAACCCUGCCAACACCCACGGCACACAUGUCUUUGGGAGGUCCGUGGGAUGCAGUCACACCCAUUCCUCCCCCUCCUAUGACCCUACCCCAUGCUGGCAUCCAUGUCGCCCGCUGAGCCAUAAAACCACAGUGGUCAUGGUCAGUGCAUCCAGUCAGGGACGCCCCCAGCAGCUCAGCCAGACAUUGCAUUCUUUAUAGCUGUCCAGUUCCCUUUGCUUGUGUUCUUGAGUAUUUUCUCUCUCUGGUCAGGUCAUUUGCAACUGUUACUCACAGAGUGGACACUGCUCAGGAGAGGGAGAGAAAUUCAGAACAUGCUGGCUGGCGGCACACAUGGCUUCCCUCACCCUCUCUGUGCGCAGCUCCAGGACGAGCCAUUUUGGCAUCUGCAAAGGAAUCGCUUUGGAAAGCCAGUGCCUGGCAGACGUGCAUUCACACUGACAUUAGAUUGACAUGCACUGUGUUGAGAGUCAGGUAGCUGAUGCAGCAAAAAAAAACAAAACAAAACAAAAAAAACCCCAACAACCAUAUGUUUUAGUAGAAAUAAAUUUUUCUAGCAUUUCUUUAAACACGGUAAAGUAGAAGUAUUUUCCUCUAAAGUAAUGUAGCAUGGGCUUGGGAAAGGAGGGACUGAAGUUGUACCAAAUGAUACCAAUAAACUCAUGUGUAGCUAAAA